GGAAAUAAAAAGCAAAAAAUAAUCCUAAAAUUUCCAGAGAGAUAGGAGGGGGAUGGGGCAGAGAAGAAGAGCGAGAUAGCAGCCUCUGGAGUCGACCUUGAGCGUACGCGGCGAGAGAGAUUAUGCCGUUGCCAUUUCUGAAAAUAGGGACAGGAAAAUUCAACAUGAAGGAAGGGUUUUCACUUUCUUCAUCGGAAGUUUAGAGCUUCUAAUGAAGCUUUUGGAUUCAACAAUUAGGCGGGCAGAACGAGAAGGUGGAGGGGGAGGGCAGAAGCAUUGGCCUCGCAAGAGGGUAGCAAGAGAAAUUGUGAAAGCGGCAUUUAUUUAUUUUGAUUCAUUCCAUACCCCUUUUAUUUCAACCGCCACUGGCUGUUGUUGCAAAAUAAUUCAUCUUGUGCCGGAUCGGCCAUGCACCAUUGGCAGGAGCCACCAGUCUUGUGACUACGUGCUUGAGGACCGUCGAGUUAGUAAGCAGCACUGUCAGAUACUCUUUGAUGGCUUUCACCGCAAGAUUUUCAUAUUGGACGGAGGAAGAUUUAGGACAAAAGGAGAUCUUGAUAAACUGGAAGAGACAGCGGUUAGGCCUUCUCUGAAUGGGAUUUUUCUCAAUGGGUUUAAGAUAGGAAAGGACACCCUCAAAGAGUUGUCUGCUGGAGACGAGGUUUCAUUUGUUUGUCAAAAUGAACGUCUUGCUGGGUUUCUUAUCCAAAGGAUUGUUUUUACAGAGGAGGCUCUGGAGGGGAGAGGGGAAGCAGCAUCCUCGGGCCCAAUUAAUCCUUCUCCUACAUCUGAAAGUGAUGACCUUAUAACUAGGAGAGCAAACUUCUAUUUAGGUCAGUGCAGAUGCAUAUUGAAUAGUGAUGACCCAAUCUCUUAUAUUCGAGGAUUUGUUACUUCAUAUAGUGAAAUUCAAGGCCUAUGUUCUUGCAGCAGCAGACUGAACAAUUUUCCGAGCUUUCUAUUAAGCACUGAUGCUAAAUUGUCUCCCGUUCUCAAGGGAAUCCCAUGGCCCAGCCAGGGCUUGCAAAAUGUUGAGAGUUCUGAAAAUAUAAGGGCCAACAGGCUACAAUUGAAUUCUAUUUUCCUUAACAGGCAAUCAGUACUAGUUUCUGAGUUAAACCCUUCUCCAACAUGUGUUCCGGUUCCUCGUUAUCAAUUAUAUCAACUUGAUCAUGCUGGAUUUCCUCAUGCUGAUGUGAUUGCCAGUGCUAAACCUAAGACUCUGUCCUCGAAUUCUAUGGGCAAGGAGAAUGAUCAACAAUUUCAUGGUGUUAUGCAUAAUAAAACUUGGGGCACAUCUUGUCCCCCACCUGGAAAGAAGUUUUAUCUAAAUCGCCUUGAAUUCAUGAAUUAUAGUUCAUCUGGUAAUCAUACUGUCAUUUCUUUGCCAGAGCUUCUUUUUCCUGUUGAAAACCUUUCACGGAUAUUUGUUGCGACAUUUACAAGCGAUGUUUUAUGGUUUUUAUCAUAUUGCAAGGUUCCUGGACAUCUGCCUGUCACAAUUGCAUGUCAUCACACUGAAAGAUGUUGGAGUUCAAGUGCUGACAAAAGGGCAUAUGUGCCUUACUCUGAUUAUCCAAACUUGGUCAUUGUGCAUCCUCCUUUUCCUGAGGCCAUUGCCUUUGGUAGAGACCGCAAGAAAUUAGGUGUUGCUUGCCAUCACCCAAAGUUGCUUGUUUUGCAAAGAGAAGAUAGUAUUCGUAUCAUCAUUACUUCUGCAAACUUAGUGGCAAAACAGUGGAACAGUGUGACCAAUACCGUUUGGUGGCAAGAUUUCCCCCGGAUAAGUCCGCCUGAUUAUUCCUCUAUUUUUACUCAAUUUUGUGAUGGAGAAAUAAAUCUAGAUUCAAGAUCAGAUUUUGCUGCUCAGCUGGCUGGAUUUAUGGCAUCUCUUGUGAUUGAUGUGCCCAGUCAGGCCCAUUGGAUUAUGGAGUUGACUAAGUAUGAUUUUAAAGGGGCUACUGGACACCUGGUUGCUUCAGUACCUGGAAUUCAUUUCCAUAGAACUCCCCAUGCAUCAAAAUCUAUGCAAUUCUUACAUGCUAAUCAGAAUGCAUCAUGUUCAUUUGGUAUGAAGUUCUUAGGUUCAAUUGAAGCAUCUAUAGUUGGUUUAAGCCACCUUUUUCACACUGCAGCAGAUGCAAAUGGUGCACAUCUCAAGAAAUUGGCUGCUUUCCUUGGGAAGUGCCACAAAAAUGAAUAUGGAAUGUCAGAGAUUGUUUUAAGAAGAAAUAGUAACAUACCUGCAGAUUCAAAUGCUGUAAGCAUUCUUGUUCCUGAACCAGUUGAGCAUUCUGAAGGAGAUUGCAUUCAACUUGGGUUUUUGCCUAGAGAUGUUGCGAAGUGGGUUUCUCCUUUAUGGGAUAGUGGCUUCUUCAGAUUCUCUGGAUAUGUUUGUCCUAUGGAAGCUCUUGCAGUUGCCUUAGGGGGUAAAACCCACAAAGUACAAUUGAUACUGUAUGUAUCACAGGGAGCUAGCUUUUCAUAUAUAUUAAAGAUGAUGCAACCAGAACAUCUUUCUGCAAUCUGCUCUCUUGUUGCAUCACUAAAGAGGUGUGUAGGCCUCUGGCGACUACAAGAGAUUUUAGGUGGAUACCAAUGGCCUGAAUCACAAGAAACUGAUUUCAUUUAUGGUUCAUCCUCAAUUGGAUCAUCAAUCAAUGCACAAUUUCUAGCUGCAUUUUCUGCAGCUGCUGGAAAGAGGUCAUUGCAAUUCUUUGAAUCUGACGAGUCUGAUCCAGAGUGGGGUUGCUGGAGUGCUAGUCAAGAAUCAAGAAGUCCAUCCAUUAAAAUUGUUUUCCCCACUAUUGAAAGAGUAAAAAAUUCAAGUUGUGGAAUCUUGCCUUCAAGACGCAUACUUUGCUUCUCAGAGAAAACAUGGCAACGGUUGAAGAAUGUAAGCACAAUUCAUGAUGCAAUUCCUCAUCCCAGUGAUAGAGUGAAGCAUCCAAUGCAUGUCAAGCAUGCUUUCUGAGCAGGUGGCACAAAGACGCUUUCAGUCAAAAAUGGAUUCAUCUUCCUUUGGGUGGGUCUAUUGUGGGUCACAUAACUUCAGUGCAGCUGCUUGGGGACGUCCAAUUUCCAAUCCUUUUGGAAUAAAAACAACUGGAACUCACAAAGCUGACUCUUGCUUCGAUCAGAGGCUUCACAUUUGUAACUAUGAACUUGGGAUCAUUUUCAUUUUCCCCCCAUCAGCUACAAAAGGUAACGGCAACCAAAGUAGUACAAACUUGGAUGAUGUAGUUUUGCCGUUUGUCAUGCCUGCCCCAAAAUAUGGCCCCAGAGAUAGACCUGCAACAACUCAAGCCAUGACAGAGGCAUUAGCUGAACUUACUGAGCAAGAGCAUGAAAAACUUGUAGCAGCAACAAAUACUGAAGAAAUGAUAGAAGAGGAGCUCCCAGAUGAGGAAGAGGCGGUAGAGGUAACUGACCAUGUUGCAGAGGAGAAGGAAGAAGAGAAGGCUUAUGCUGAGCUGCUGUGGAGUCAGGUUGAUUCAUCUCAAAGCUGUUGAAUUCCGAAUGAGGAAUGCUGGGAGCAGUAGUCAGUCAAUUAAGACAUUGGCUCCUUUUAUCCUAAUCACCUGUUGGCGAGCCCUGUAGAGUAUGUUGUCCUUGUAUUACAUUGAUUCAGAGGGAGUCGUGUAAAUUUGUUUUCAUAUUUCAAGAUGGCAGCUUUGGGCCUGAAAUGAAUGAGUAUUAAGGUCACAUUUGGAACAUUGAAACAUAAAAUGGGAAUGAAGAUCAAUUCAAUCUCCCUUCAUUAAUUUAUUUGGAUAAUUUUUUAGAAUGAGAAUAGAAAUAAAAAAUUUAUUGCUAUGGAAA